AUGACAGAGAAAAAAGGAGAUAAAGAAGAAAGCACUAGCGACAGAGACAAAAAACAGAAAAAUAAGGUAACACUAGCGGCAGGCGCUUUCGGGAAAGCUGAAACCGCACCGUUUGCGGCCGAUUUGGCAGUGACAGAAGAACCAGAAAAAAUGAAUGGAGACGAAGAUAGAGAAACAGAACCAGCUCCUCAAGCCACGCAGGACCCUUUAGAUAAACAAGACAGCCAGAACCAACACAACAGCAACAGCAGCAACAGCAGCAGCAGCAUUAGCCAAACACCAGAGCACCACUCUGAAGGGCCUGGUAGUCCAGCAGAAAAUCCGCGAGUAACAGUGGGAGGAGACCCAGAAACACCAGCAGCAGCAGAAUUGGCAGUUGACUCAGAAGCAGCAGCAGCAACAGCAGAAUUGGCAGUAGAUCCAGAGCCAGUAACAGCGGCAGCAGCAGAAUCAGCACCAGACGUAGAGCCAGUAACAGCACCAACAGCAAAAUUAGCAGCAGACCCAGAUCCAGUAACCGCAGCAGCGGCAGAGUUGGUAGCAGACCCAAUGCCACUAACCGCGGCAACAGCAGAACUGGCAGCAGACCCAGUGCCAGUAACUGCAGCAACAGCAAAACUGGCAGCAGACCCAAUGCCAGUAACCGCAGCAACAGCAGAAUUGGCAGCAGACCCAGAAGCAAUUACGGCAGCAGCAGAAUUCGCACAAGACCCUAAACCAUUACCGUCGGAAACAUCACCCCCAGAAACUGCUGUAUCAGCAGUGGAAACCGCAGUAGCAACGGGAGCAGCAGAAAAUGCAAAAUCUGCUGGGAACGCAGCAGCAGGCGGCAAGCAGGAUAACCAACCCCUGGCUUUACCAACCGCAGAAGAAAAGACCGAAGAAAAAACGGUCAAAGAAGUGUUCGAGGGCAGCUGCUUCGUGUUCAACAAGCGUUUAAGGGGUGCAGCAGCAGCAUCCAGUUCCAAAACAACUGCCAAGGAGUGCCAGGCCCAAUGCGCCUCCCUGCCGGGGUGCGCUUACUUUUCCUAUGCGCUGUCUAGCUCUUCUCCUCCCUUUGUAGCUCUUUGUGAACAUUACAUAGCCACAGAGAAACAAGACGAAACCACAACCCUCUCUCUCUACUCCCACAGGGGGGCCCUCACAGCGCAAGUCAAUUGUAGGGUCCCAGGGGAGCUCCAGUAUUUGGGGCACCACAAGGCAAGUUCUCACGCACCCGCAGCAGCAUAUACAACAAGAGAAGCAGCUAGAGGCAACAAACAGUCAGCGGGCAAGACUGGGGGCUCAUCGAUAUCUAUGGGCCCCCACACAUCCUCCGCUGCCUCGCCUGCUGGCUCCCCAAGGAGGGCUCCUAGAGGGCCCCCGCUAGGGCGAUCGGGCCCCCCCGCAAGACUGGCGCACCGGGCCCAGCAGUGCUCCGACUCAUACAGCCUGCAGGACACGUAUAUGGGCGACGAUUUCCUGAACCUUGCGAAAUUUUUCUUUUUUGAGUGGGGGGACCCGACUGGUGGCACUGUGCAAUAUGUGGGACAGGCAGAUGCUCAAAAAUACAAUUUAAUCAAGGUAAUGAGCAACGGGAGAAUACAAAUAUUGGCGGACACCACGGAGACCUUAGGGGACGGGCAGGGGAGGAAGUCGAUCAGGUUGACCUCACAGAAGGGUUGGGACGACGCUUUGUGGGUGUUGGACUUGAACCACAUGCCAACUGGGUGCGGCACCUGGCCUGCGUUCUGGACAGUGGGGUGGGAGCCGUGGCCAGAUACGGGAGAGAUCGACAUAAUAGAAGGGGCCAAUCUGCAAGACCACGCACACUCCGCCUUGCACACAAAAGAGGGCUGCGUGAUGCCCGCAGAUACCAGCAAUUUCAACGGCGCCUGGAGCCAAACCGCCAGCGGUCCCGCCUUGAACUGCUGGAACUUGGCAACUCCAGACAACACGGGAUGUUCCAUAGAGUCUUACGAGGACGCCUACGGGGCGCCCCUGAACAACAAGGGGGGUGGCUACUACGUGAUGCAGCUGCACCACGCCAAGUACAUCCGCAUCUGGUUUUUCACUCGCCAAGAGGCACCUGCGGACCUGACUAGUGGACAGCCCACGCCGGACUUUUGGACCAAGAAGCCCCUUGCGUACUUCACCUUCGGCUCCAACUGCGACGGCUAUGAGUACUUCAAGGAGCAGCGCAUAGUCAUUAACACCACCUUCUGCGGGGGCUACUCCGGCUACAACUUCACGACGGCCAACGGCUGUCCUGGCAACGGCCUUGCGGACUGCGAAAACUAUGUCCGCAAGAACCCGGGCCAGUUCACGCAAGCUUACUGGGACAUCAACUCCAUCGAGGUCUACAAGAGGGCGGGGCAGCAGUGCCAGACAGUCACUGACACCACCACCCAGUCCACCAGCACUUCGUCUUCGUUCACAUGGCCCAGCUGGGGGGACGGCGGCGGCUCGGGAGGCGACUGGGGCGGCGGUGGCAAUGAUAAUACUGGGGGUUCAGGAGGGAUAGGGACGACGACGACGACAACAACAACAACAACAACGACAACCAAGAGAGGAAGCUGGUGGCCCUGGGGUAACAGCACUGCAACGCAGACGCCUUCUCUCGUUCUCGUUGCUUUGCUGGCUGCUCUUGCUGCGCUUUAA